GAACAGACUGUAAAUAUCUACGUAUAAAACAUUGGAGCUCGGGAAUAACAAUGAGGACUAGCUCAAUCGUCCGCUGUGAACUUGCUGAUCAAGUACAAGAAACUUGUUUUGCUACAGUGUUUUUUAACAAUAGUUUUGUAAGGCAAUUGUGCUGCUUAAGAUCGAUAUUACUAGUGUGCAUGCGAUGGAAGAGGAUUUGAUGGAAUACGCUCCUAACAUUCCGGAUAAUGUAUUGGAGCUAAUAUUUUCCUUUCUGAAGCUGCAGGAUCUACGUAACUGUACAUUAGUUUGCAAAAGCUGGUACCGAUUCUUCAGCGAUGAAAACAAUGAAGUUUGGCGCGCACAAUGUUUGCAAAAAGUUCCCGCUGAGGCGUUUAAAAACGAUCUUUUGACUGUUGUGCCGACGUACAAAGCUAAACUGCGAGCAUAUUUCCACGCCUGGAAUCCGUUUGAUUGUAGUCGCCACGUAUAUAUCAAGCCAAAUGGGUUUACCCUUCACAGAAACCCUGUGGCACAAAGUACGGACGGUUCCAGAGGGAAAAUUGGAUUUAAACAUGGCAGGCAUGCCUGGGAAGUACGGUGGGAAGGUCCACUUGGCACGGUAGCAGUUGUUGGAAUUGCUACCAAGGAUGCCGCUAUUCAAUGUCAUGGAUAUUAUGCUUUACUUGGUGCUGACGAUCAAAGUUGGGGAUGGAAUCUGGUAGAUAAUUUGUUACUUCACAACGGAGACGCCCAUGGUAUAUACCCUCUUCUGAAUAAUGCCCCUAAAUAUAAGGUAGGAGAAAGAAUACGUGUAAUACUAGAUUGCGACGAAAAUACUUUGUCUUUUGAGAAAAACUAUGAAUUUCUUGGAGUUGCAUUUACAGAUUUACCGGAAAAAAAUUUCUAUCCGACUGUUGCUGCGGUGUAUGGAAAUACGGAAAUUUCGAUGGUAUAUUUGGGCGCUCCAUUAGAUGGAUAAAUGGGCUUUAAACGACAGUUUCACAGCACACUAUUUUGGAAACUUCAGUGCGAGUAUUUAUUGAAUAUCGCUUUAGUAUUAUUGUUGUAACUAGUCAAAUAAUUUUUUGGAAUCUGCGUUUCGUGACCAGAUAUUAGCUAUUAUUUAUAUAAAGGUUUUAUUGUAGAUGCAGUCCAAUAAAAUUCCAUUUAUAUUUAUUUUAAA